AUGUCUGCCCUACGGAUCCUCGUACCCAUCAAGCGGGUGAUAGACUAUGCGGUCAAGCCCCGCGUCAACAAAGCCCAGACGGGCGUCGAUACGGCAGGCGUCAAGCACUCGAUGAACCCGUUCGACGAGCUCUCAGUCGAGGAGUCGGUGCGGAUCCGCGAGAAGAAGUCGCACCCGGCGGGCGUCGACGAUAUCUGCGUGGUAUCGGCGGGCCCGCCCAAAUCCGACGCCAUCCUGCGCACCGCCAUGGCCAUGGGCGCCGACCGCGGGAUCCUCGUCGACGUGAAGGAGGGGGAGGAGCUGGAACCGCUCGCCGUGGCGAAGCUGCUGCGCGCCGUCGUGGAUCGGGAGAAGAGUAAUCUGGUUAUUUUGGGCAAGCAGAGUAUUGAUGAUGAUGCGGCGCAGACGGGCCAGAUGCUUGCUGGGUUGCUCGGGUGGCCGCAGGCGACGCAGGCCAGCGAGGUGAAGUUUGGGGAUGAGGGGACGAGUGUUGAGGUUACGAAGGAGGUCGAUGGCGGCGUGGAGACGGUUAGGGCGAAGUUGCCGAUGGUUAUUACGACGGAUUUGAGGCUGAAUGAGCCGCGCUAUGCGAGCUUGCCGAAUAUCAUGAAGGCUAAGAAGAAGCCGCUGGUCAAGAUGAGCUUGAGCGAUUUGGGGGUUGCGAAUGAGCGAAGGUUGAAGAUCGUUAAGGUUACGGAACCGGCUCCGAGACAGGGCGGUGGCAAGGUCGAGGAUGUGGAUGGGCUUGUUUCGAAGUUGAAGGAGUUGGGUGCGAUAUAA